UAUGAUGGGCGGCAUGAGCACGGGCGGCUGCUACGCGUCCGGAGGCUACCAGGACGCCACCUACGGCUCGUCGGCGCCCCGCACAUGUUCCCCGCCAUGAGUGUGAACGUGUCCAUGAACAUGACCAUGGGCGUGUCCAACGUGAACAUGGGCUACUCGCCCGACCCUUCGCUGCAGCACCAGUGGCCGGCGAGCUGCGCGAGUCAGCAGGUGACCUCCGUGUCUCCGAUCAGCGGCAUGGGAUACCCACAGCCCUCGGCUCCGGGUAUAGUCAGCCCUCUACCCGUACCAUAUAGUGGGUCGUGCAGCCAGGGCUACAGCGUGGGCUCCUACUCGUGGGCGGGUGACCUUCGCUCCGAGCACCCGCCCAUGCCGAGUCUGGACCGUGACCUCUGUCUUAGGUCACCGCCGCUGCGACCUCGCCCGGGAUCCCCUGGUGCUCCAUACCCCAACUCCACGCCACCCGGCGGCCAGCUCUCCCCGACCCUGAGCGCGCUCCGCAGGCGACCCAGCUCCGUCGGGAUGUCGGGCAUCACCAGUUCCCUGGACGUGACCAAACCCAUGAUGGGCGACGGCCUUAAGCCCAACCUCUGCCGGAUCUGCGGCAAGACGUACGCCCGCCCGUCCACGCUGAAGACGCACCUCAGAACACACAGCGGGGAAAAGCCCUACAGGUGCAACGAGUGCAACAAAUCCUUCAGCCAAGCGGCCAACCUGACGGCGCACGUGAGGACACACAGCGGCGAAAAGCCCUUCCGGUGUCCCAUCUGCGACCGCCGCUUCUCCCAGUCGUCUUCGGUCACCACGCACAUGCGCACGCACUCCGGCGAGCGUCCCUACCGCUGCCGGAUGUGCAAAAAAGCUUUCAGCGACUCGUCCACCCUCACCAAGCACCUGAGGAUCCACUCCGGGGAAAAGCCCUACCAGUGUAAAUUGUGUCUCCUCCGAUUUAGUCAGUCGGGGAACUUGAAUCGCCACAUGCGAGUCCACUCACAAACGUCCUGAGUAUUCGGUUCGGUCUGGUCUAUUUCAUCUAUUUUUUUAUCAUUAUUAUGGUAUACGAUGACGAUUCUUCCUUUUUUUAAAUCUUUUUUUUUAUCUAUUUAUUUUUUUUUUUUUUAGUUCCUCCCUCUUAUUCCCGA